GCACACAUAACCACCAUCAUUACAAUCAUCACUUAACAGCCACAAACCCAAAACUAAAUUCCAAACAAUUCCUCUCACCUCUUGUCCUUUUUCCUCAACCUUCUUCUCUGCCCUACCAUUUGCCUCCUUUUUCCACCCCUCCCUCCCUCCCCCGCUUCCGCCUCCCUACACCUACACCUCUCUCUUAUACAUAUAUAUGUGUGUGAGUGUGUAAAAAUAUUUUUCAAGUGUAUAACAAUUGAGACAAAGGGUACAAAGACCUUCUUUUCAACAACAUCGUUGAUGCUUCUCUAGUUUAAGUAUUAUUUGCUCCUCUUUCGUUCUUUCUUUCUUUCAACCAACCAAACAAAGUAGAACUAGAUUAGAUCAGAAGAAGCAGAAGAAGAACAAGUCAUCAAAGAGAAGAAGAAGAAGAAGUAGAAGAAAGUAGAAGUAAGCAAAGGCACCAAAUGGGUGGAAGGUUUAUUUAUCCUAUAACUCUAAUCUCCUGCUUGUUACUCCUAUUGGGUAUUUUCUUCUGUUCAGGUUUGAAUGUGACAAAAAAGCAAAAGAACAUUGGACACGUCAAAGAAAAAGACCAAGAAAAUAAAGGGCUGAAAUUCCCUGAAACCCUAAUUUCCACCACCCAGAGAGACAUCACUACUCCAAUAACAACAGUUCCUACUAUAACUCCCACAAAUCCCGCUUCAUCAACACCAAUUCUGAACCCUAAUUCCAAUCCAGCUGAUUCAACUGUCCCUGUCACAUCCUCCCCUAGCAUGACCCCAUUUACUACAACAACACCACCAUCAUCACCAGCAUCCACUGGUUCAAGUUGGUGUGUUGCUAGCCAAAGUGCAUCACAAAUGGCAUUGCAAGUUGCUUUGGACUAUGCUUGUGGCCAUGGUGGCAUUGAUUGCUCAGAAAUUCAGCCGGGACGAAGCUGUUACAACCCAAAUAGUAUCCGGGAUCUUGCUUCUUACGCAUUCAAUAACUAUUAUCAAAAGAACCCAGUUCCAAAUAGUUGCAACUUUGGUGGAACUGCUAUGAUCACUAGCACUGACCCAAGUACAGGGUCUUGUCAAUAUCCGUCUACUAGCACAAGUUCAUCAGUCUUGAACACAACAAAUACUAGUGGCUCAACUGUGUUUGGUGCGGUCCCUUCAGGCCCUACCACCUCAGCAGCAACAGUAGAUGCAAACACACACAGCCUGCAAAAUAUUUUGUUCAUCAUGGCAUGUUUGAUGCUGUUUUUGCGGCCUAAUUUUAAGUUGAGAUGAAUCUUGUAAUAGAUAUGCCAUUCUUACUGAGGAGAGAGACCUAGGUAGAGAGAGAGAGCAUAUGUGAUGGAUUGUCACGCCUCGGACCUCGGGUCCAGAGCGUCUCAUGAAUUCUUGUAGGGCUGCAGCCAUAAGGGUUUUUGUUUAGUUUGAGAGCAGCAACAUAUAUACAUAAUGAAACAAUCUUGUACCAUUUGUAAUUAAGGAAAGCUAAUGAAAAGAAUUUGAAAA